AUGCUCCAGAACCAAGAGGGCCUGCGGGUGGCGGUGAUCGUGAAUGACAUGGCUUCGGUGAAUAUUGAUGCCCUCCUGGUGAAAAGCGGCGCCGAGAUAUUGAAAGGCAAGGACAAGAUGGUGGAGAUGCAGAACGGCUGCAUCUGCUGCACGCUGCGGGAAGAUCUGAUUGAGAACGUCAAGAAGCUGGCUGUGGAGGGUCGUUUCGAUUACCUCCUCAUCGAAAGCACUGGCAUCUCCGAGCCUAUGCCGGUGGCCACCACCUUCGUCAGCGAGUACGACGGUAAGAGCCUUCUUGGCAGUGUCGCCCGCUUAGACACCCUGGUGACCGUGGUGGAUGCACUGAACUUCUUGAGGGACUGUGAGAUGGGUCAGAUGCUCGUUGACAGGGAGGAGCUGGGUGCAGAAGAGUCCGACCGGCGCACAAUUGCGCAGCUUCUGGUUGACCAAGUAGAAUGCGCGAACAUCAUCGUUUUGAACAAGGUGCCUCCGGAGCCAGUCACGCAGCCGCCGAAGGACACUUUCCCGGACGGCAAAGAUGCUGUGCCGGGAAUGUUCUCGGCCAGGUUUGACGGCGGGAUCAUAGAGCACAAGUUUCGGCAUGUUCACAAGAUCCUGAAGGAGCACAACUUUCCGGUCCUGAUGGUCGACGCCGAUGUUGGUGACGACUUCGGCAAAGCAACAACGAAGUAUUUAAACAAGAUUGAGAAAGAAAAGGGUGUCUUGAUUUGUGUUUGCACAGCUCACUAUGCUGAGAAGACCAGCUCACCCUUCUGCUCUUUUAAAGAGUUACAGUUCGCCCUCGACUACAGUCUGGAUGUUCUCCCGCUGAAAGUGGCAGACGUCGACCCCCCACAACCGCCUGGCGGUCCGGAUCAUCAGUACGACAAGGAUUACGAAGCAGAGUCCGUGAUCAAGAUGGUCUUCAGACCCAACCUCGCCUACAAGGACUGCCGCGACCUAGAUGAGAUGCAGAUAGCUCGAGUGAUCGCAGACAAGUUGCUAAAGAAGAAGACGAUGCCCAGGCAAGGCUCGGGACACGGAUGA